UUCCUGUAAGAUUUCUGAUGUUUACCUUAGUCUUUGUGUAUAAAUAACAAUUACUGUUGGUUUGAUUUAAUUCAUUAACUAAUGGGGGUGAAAUCAUUUAGGUAAAAUCAUCACAAUGAUCAUGCCAUAAACUUUAUCAAAAAAAGUUAUGAGCUAGUGGUGUGUUGUCAACUCUCGGUUGUUCUUUCAAUUUUGAAAGAUUACUUUUGUUUAUUUUUGUUAAAUUUUUUUACAGUUUUCUCACUUUUGUGAAUCUACUUAAUAAAACCUUGGAUAAUGGAUAAUACCAAGAAAUAUGUGGCAGUUGGGAUCCUCUGUUUUAUCAAUUUAAUCAAUUAUAUGGAUCGUUUUACUGUUGCUGGAGUUUUACCAGAUAUUACCAAAUAUUACAGCUUAAGUGAUGCCGAAGGUGGUUCACUUCAAUCUGCUUUUAUUGUUAGCUAUAUGGUUAUGGCACCACUUUUUGGAUAUUUAGGGGAUCGGUAUUCAAGAAAAAAUUUAAUGGCCGUUGGCGUAUUUUUUUGGUCAAUAACUACAUACCUCGGCUCCAUUAUUCCUGCAAAUGCAAAAGGAUGGUUCAUUUUCAUGAGAGCCAUGGUUGGAAUUGGGGAAGCCAGUUAUUCAACAAUUGCGCCAACAAUUAUUGCUGAUUUAUUUAUCGGCGAUUUAAGAACAAAAGUUCUAGGUUUAUUUUUUUUCGCAAUACCUGUUGGUUCAGGUAUGGGUUUUAUUGUAGGAGAUCUUCUUUCACGAGCAUUCGGUAGUUGGAAAUAUGCUCUUCGAUUGACUCCAAUGUUGGGUCUCUUCUCUAUUUUUUUAAUGUUAAUUUUCCUGGAAGAACCUCAAAGAGGUCAAGCUGAUGGUGCUUCUAAUUUAGUAAAAAGUACUCUCAAAACUGAUAUAAGAUAUUUAAUUAAGAUUCCUUCUUACAUUUGGUCAACACUUGGAUUUACCUGUGUCUGUUUUACCACUGGUUCAUUGACUUGGUGGGCUCCGACUUUCAUGCAAGCGGUUUUCAAAUUACAAGAUGGAAAAGAUCAUGAUGGCAUUCCUCUUAUUUUCGGAGUGAUAACAUGCAUUGGUGGUAUAGUUGGUGUUCUCACGGGUACCUAUGCUGCUCAAUAUCUUCGCAAGAAAACCCACCGAGCUGAUCCAUUGAUUUGUUCAGCUAGUGUUUUCAUUUCAACUCCUUUCAUUUUUCUUUCGAUCGCUUUGGCUACAAGUGUGCCUACUUUAUCAUGGAUUAGUAUUGCAAUUGGAGUAACAUUGCUUUGCAUCAAUUGGACCCUUGUGGCUGAUAUGUUAUUAUAUAUAAUCGUUCCCCAUCGGCGAGCUUUUGCUCAAUCAAUACAAAUUCUUAUUUCUCACUUACUUGGUGAUGCAACUAGUCCUUACAUCAUUGGCUUGAUAUCAGAUGCCAUCAAGUCAAGCAAAUCUUUUACAUCAACCAAUGAAGCACAAGCUAUUAGUUUACAAUACUCGCUCUACACCAACUGUAUUGUACUAAUAUUAGGCGGUGUUGCGUUUUUAUACAAUUCUUAUUACAUUAAAAGAGAUCAGGAUAUUUGCACUGAAGCCGCUCAAGAUACGUAUGGUUUUGCCAUUGACGCCUAAAUAAACUAUAUUCUCUUUUUAGCUUUUGUGCUGCCUUUUCCUCUCUGCCCAAGAGAGCUCUAAUUACUAACACCUGUUUUAAAUUAAAUAAAUUUAUAUUCCAUUAAUUGUUUAUUCCUAAAUUAAAGACUCUGACAUGAA